GUAAUUAUUUGUUUUUUACAGACCGUCAAUACUCAGCAUCGAAAAACUACAGUGCAUACAAAGAAAUCUUUCGUUAUUAUCAAAGCGCAUAUCCAAUAUUCAAAACCGAAUAUUCUCACGUGAAUGAAUUUAUAAUUAUGAUUUUUUAAUAUGAUUUAUUCGUUCAGUUGGAUUAUAUUUACCCGUUAAACAUACGCGUAAAUAAUUAAUCAGUCGUGUGCGAGUUAUUAUUUGAUGUAGUUCGACAGUGACAUGUCUCCUAGUUUCCGAAUUUAAUGUGAUAGCGAUGGACCGUGAAUAAAUGAUAAGACAUAGGAUUCCGAUAUCACAUUUAAUAUUAUAUCGCUAUUGAAAAAUUCAGUGCACGUUGCAGCUUAUGCAAAAUUAAUAACUGCUCCUCUGCCUCCGUUAUUUAUUUCGUUCAGUCCGAUUUGUGCCAGCAGGCUCAAUGUAAAAUCCUGGAGAUUACUUUAAUUCUCGCGUAGAAAUAUGCGUAAUUUGAAACUAGAACACAGUGGAACAUAUAAGAUACUCUUUUUCGCUUUAUUGCAAUUUAUAUCUAACACUAACGCGGGAGACAGCGAUUUUAUUCGCGACUAUUUCGUGCACAAGGCAGUGCGGAAUGUCGUGGGAUUCUCCUGCGGAGAUCUCACGAAGGAUUUUUAUUUUAUAAAGUCGUUGAGCAAGGCUGGUAUAUACACGAUCAUCAGGAAACACGACAAGAGUAUCAACGUACGUCGAUUUUUGAACGCCGAGACAUGGAGCUUGGGAGUCGUCGUGGAUCUGCGUUGUAACAACGAUAGCGCCGUGACCAUCUUCGACGAGACUUCUAAAUAUCGUAUGUACGACUAUUCGUACCACUGGUUGGUCCUGGGAUCGGUAUUGAACAAUAGCGUGUCGCUGCUGAACGACAGCGCGUACAGCAUAACGACCGAUCUCACGCUCGCGAUAAUGAACGGCAGCGGUUACGAUCUGUAUGACGUUUAUAAUCACUGCAAGUAUCGUGGAGGCACGCCGAACGUGACAACGCUAGGCUCCUGGCAGCGGGAAACGGGCUUUGUCAUCACUCUGACUCAGCCUUUGGUCCAGAGAAGAGCCGAUAUGCACGGCAUGACGCUGAAAAUAUCAGGCGUGAUACAAUACAGACCGAAAAAUAUGCGUUUGGAAGAUUAUAUGCACGACAUUAACACCAGAUCGUUGGACAGCAUGCAUAAGUUUACGUACGCGAUGAUAUCUCACACCGCCGACCUCUUUAAUUUUAGCGUACACGCUUCGGAGAUAAUUUACUGGGAUCGUCACAGCGUGCACGGCUUAAUUUUCGAGAUAUUGCAAGCGAAUUAUAUCGAUUUCGCCAGUAAUCCCAGGAUUAUGGUGUCUGAAAGAUUGGAUUACGCCACCCUCAUCGGCGCUGCUUGGCCAAUUCGACCCUGUUUCAUGCUGCUGUCUAGUCCGUCGAACAAGAUCAAACUCGAGAUCUUUCUGAAGCCGUUCGCGAACGAAACUUGGUACUUGAACGCCGUGUUCAUAGUAUUCACCAUGUUCAUAAUGAGAAUAAUAAUGAGGUGCGAAAAGUCGAGCAAGGAAGAAAAGUAUUCCGGCGCCAUAGUUGUCAUUAUUGGCAUUGUCGGUCAGCAAGGUUCAAACUUCUUUCCUAACCGCAUCCCGAGCCGCAUCGCUCUCCUGCAGAUCCUCGUGUUCAACUGGAUUAUAUACAACUAUUACUCGGGUAGCAUAGUAUCGGCUCGUUUGAGCGAGCCGCUCGACAUGAUGGAGGAUUCCGUGACGGUUCUCGCGGACAGCAAUUUAAGAAUCGCUGCGGAAGCUGUGCCGUAUCUGAAUUACUUUCUAUACAAACUCAAGGGGGAGUCGAAUUAUUUCAGAAAGAAACGCUGGGAUCCAUUGCCGGAAUCCAAGCGAUACUUACCAAUAGAAGAGAGUAUGAAGCAGGUCAGCGAGGGCAUCCUAGCGUAUCACACGGACCCGAACACGGCGUAUCCUUACGUCGAGAAGAUGUUUGAUCCGAACAAGAUCUGCGCGCUCACGGAGAUUCAUCUGUUCAAGCAAUCUGUCAUGGGCAUGUAUGCUAGUUACAACGGUCAGUUCACCGAGUUGGCGAAAAUCGGACUGUCUAAGAUGUUCAAUACUGGGUUACGCGAUCGUCAAAUAAAAUAUUGGUCGAGCAAGAAACCGCAGUGUCAGCUCGAUACGUUGUCCACGAGAAGCAUAUCUAUUUACGAGACUGCACCGGCUUUGAUUCUAUUGGCUCUCGGUUUGCUGGUCGCGUGCGGAUUAUGCAUCGUCGAAAAUAUUGUCUAUUAUCGAUCCACGGGGUAAGCUUGCGUCUUUGCACUUCGAAAUUCAUGAACGUUGGAAAAGUACGUUGCUUACAAUUUUGCAUUUCACAGUGAGAUAAUGUUUAGACGAUCGAAGACAACAGAAAAGGGUGAAGAGGAGGAUGGCCGAGACGAACAAACAAUUUGCUCGGUGAAACUGUCUCGCCUUGAGAAGUUAAAAUAUUGACAAGUCGAUUGUAUGCGUUAUAAUUGGUUCAUUUGCUAGCACCUCGUUAUCGUACAAGUACUUAUACUUAUUUCACGCGCGAAGGGAUAGCACAUUAUAAGUAUAAUUUUUCCCAGUCGUUGUAAUAUCGCUCUUAUUAAAACCGUAGACUCAUUUUGCAUGGCAAAUGACCUUCGGAAAAACUUUCUUUUUAGUACUUUCGUAGAAAACAUCCGGAUAAUAGAUAAAAAGACAAAUCGAUCCAGACUCGAUAGUUCAGAAAAAUUAGGAAACAGGGGCAAAAAGUGGCUCUUGAAACUGAAGAAGAAGUAUCGAGCAAUGUAUACAGUGUGUUAAAAUUAUUUGAAGGCUCUGAAUACAUUGAUGGCCACAUAAAUUAUCUAGCCGACAUUCGCUUGCAAUGAAACUCGAAGAAUCUUAAUUAAGGAAAUUUUUCGUCGAAGAAAGAUCAAUCCUAAAUUAAUUGGAGCAUCUGGUGGCAAAAGAAAUAGCGAAAGUAGAGUGACACCCUGUGUAUGGCUAGCAUCACAUAUAGACUGUGUUUGG